AUGUUUCCUACCUACGCAAUCGCUCUGAUCGGACUCGGCGUAUGGUUGGUUCUCUCCAACAUAUCAGGCUUGCUAAAGAACAUUGCCGCCGCCAAACGAUCAGGACUUCCCUGGACUGUCGUUCCUAUCGAUAUCUACGGCCUACCAUGGCUUUUAACCCAUAAGUUAUGGUUGCCAUGGCUCAAUCGUUUACCUAAAUCAUGGACCGAAAACUGGCUCGACGUUAUAACUCCCGAUUGGGUCUGGCACCUUCUCUACGACGGUGUUAAACGCAAAGGAGAUCUCUUCUUGACAGUUUCCCCCGGUACCAUUCAGCUAUGGGUUACAAAUGCGGAAGCUAUACAUCAGAUCACAGCGAGACGCGAAGCUUUUCCGAAACAAAUCGAGAAAUACAAAAUUCUUGAUAUAUUCGGUCGAAAUAUCCUAAGCACUGAAGGGAAUGAUUGGAAGCUGCACCGAAGAAUAACGUCUCCGGGUUUCAACGAGAAGAACAACGGACUCAUCUUCGCUGAAACCGCCCAGCAAACGCAGGGAAUGCUGAGGAAAUGGAUGGGUGCUGAUGGAACAGGGAAUACCACCCUCAAGGAAGUCCCAACUGAUACCGAGACGUUGACUCUGCAUAUUAUCAGUGAUGUUGGAUUUGGAGUGCGAUUGUUUUGGCCUGGGGAGGAACUAACCGAGAAGGACAAGGGAAUCUACAGCGGCAACGUUCUUUCAAAGGGCCACUCGAUGGGUUUCGAGGAAGCGCUGAGCACACUUCUCCAGAGAAUAAACUGGGUACUAUUAGUGCCCGAGUGGCUGCUAAAACGGAUUCCCAUGCACAGUGCGCGUGAAGCCUAUGAAUCGUUCAUUAAUUGGCGCCAGUACAUGCGCGAACUUUUUGACCAGAAGGUCAAAGAAACCCGAGAAGGCCAGAAGACGGAAGGUAUUGAUAUCUUAGGCUCUCUCGUCAAAAGCUCUUACGGAGAUUCCAGUCGAGCGAAAGGGGAGCAGCCAGUUCUUUCCGACUCGGACAUUUUCGGCAACGCAUUCGUGAUGAUCGUAGCAGGCCAUGAGACUACCGCUAACAGCAUUCAUUUCUCGUUGAUGGAGUUGGCAAUGAGUCCCAAGUCGCAACGGCUAGUGCAAAGAGAAGUACACACCAUCUUUGGGGACGAGCCUCCAGAGAAGUGGGACUACGACUCCAGUAUAAACUCUCUUCUGGGUAGCAUAAUUGGCGCUGUUAUGAACGAGCAGCUACGUUUGAUGGCACCUAUCACAAAUCUUCCUAAAAUCGUCACGAAAGGACAAGAUCAAGUGUUGAAUGUGGAUGGAAAGAAGAUCACGCUCCCUGCUGGUACCAUGAUCUAUCUGAACACUGUAGGUGUCCAAAGGAACCCAAGAUAUUGGCCCACACAGCCGUCCAAGAUCUCGGAUCGCGCCGAUGAUCUCAAUGACUUCAAGCCGGAAAGAUGGCUUGUCAGUCUCAAAGCCGACGGCGAGCACGUCAGAAAUGGCCAAGUGGGUGCUGAAGAUAAUGACGAAUUUGGAGGUUUCACAGGUCAAGAUUCUCAUGCAAAGCUAUUUCGUCCAGUAAAGGGUUCAUACUUGCCUUUCUCAGAAGGUCCACGAUCCUGUCUCGGACGAAGACUAGCGCAGGUCAAGGUCAUGGCCAGUCUCGCUGUCAUAUUCCAAUUGUACUCUAUUGAGCUGGCUGUGGAUGAAUGGGCAACCGAUGAUCAAGUUGCGAAGAUGUCCGAUGAGGAAAAACGCAUAGUGUAUAAGAAGGCGCAAGUCGCAGCUCACGCGAAGUUGAGAAGCGCUACCUCACUUAUUACGUUGAAGCUGCACCCCGGUUUUAUACCAGUCCGUGUGGUUAAGAAAGGCAAGGAAAGAUUCAUUCACCUGAUAGAUUAG